AUGACCACCUUCAACGACGACCACCAUCCAUCGAUGUUGCCUUUUUCACUUCUACUACGCCUCCCUCGAUUUCUUCUUCUAUAUAUCUGUAAAUUAUUAACCACACACCAUUUAUUUGACGCUCUCUUUCUCUACUAUAGAAACGGUAAAGAUACAUGGGAAAAGACAAAAAGACCAUCGCCGCCUGUUGUAGAAUACAUCAUCUCACGAUUAAAUAUCUUCCCCGGUCGAUCUACACAACUUCAUGGAGAACUUGAUACAAGAAUUGGUGUUCCAACUUUUUUCAGCGUAAUCCUUAGAUACUUUCCUCCAGAAGGGUGGGGUCAAACGAGUCAAAGACGGGCAUCUCAAGAUCAGAUAUUUAACGAAACCCGUUUACAAAAUUUGCAAAGACAACUUGUCAAUGAUCUGCUUGAGGUGAAUACUCCUAGAAUUGCUGCCCGACUUAUUUGGGCAAUUUCAGAACACAUUGAUUUAGAAGGUUUGGAUCCUCUUUUAGCUGAUGACCCAGAGGAUGCAUUAAACAUUAUCAUAUCAAAAAUCCAGAAGAUCCUGUUCAAUGCUGACUCAUCUGCGACUGAAACGAAUAAGCUCCAAGAUGUUCAAGCGAAUGUAAGGCAUCCAAACUCUUGCACAAUCUUAAUUAAAGGACCAAAUGACCACACAAUUUCACAAAUCAAGGAUGUUGUUAGAGAUGGCCUGCGAUCAGUAAAAAACACCAUUGAAGAUGAGGCAGUUGUUAGAGGUGCUGGUGCUUUUCAGGUUGCUGCCAGACAACAUUUGAUAAAUUUCAGGGUGAAGAAAACUGUUAAAGGGCGUGCUCAACUUGGUGUUCAAGCUUUUGCGGAUGCUCUUCUUAUUGUGCCAAAGACACUUGCUAAAAAUUCUGGACUUGAUACACAAGACGUCAUAAUUUCUUUGACUGGGGAGCAUGAUAAUGGGAAUGUUGUUGGAUUAAAUCAACACACAGGUGAUCCAAUUGACCCUCAGAUGGAGGGCAUUUUCGACAAUUACGCUGUCAAACUCCAAAUCAUCAAACCGGUGAUUGCAUCACAGCUGUUACUUGUGGACGAAGUUAUCCGUACAGGGCGUAACAUAAGAUAG